AUGAGUGGAGCCAGACCCAUCUCUUCCCUUGAUUUGAGUCCUGGAAUUCGAACAAAACUGACUAAAGCCGGGUUCCAAACUGUUAGGGAUCUUGAAGAAACAACGCCAGUCGAUUUGAGCAAAGGAAUAUCAACUGAUGAUGCCCUUAAAAUUUUACAACAAACAAAAAGAAAUACUGUAGACGCCAUGUCUGCCUCCGAGGUACUCGUGCGCGAACGUCUCGCCGCUUCCAUAUCCACGUCCAGCAAUGCUAUCGAUAACAUGCUAGGUGGUGGUGUACCAAUCAGAAAGAUCACAGAGUUCUGUGGUGCCCCGGGAAUAGGGAAAACUCAAUUUGGAAUUCAAUUAUCUGUAAAUGUUCAAAUACCAGAAACUUUAUCAGGGCCCGAGGGUGAGGCGGUGUAUAUUGAUACUGAAGGCAGCUUUAUAGCUCAACGGGCAGCAGAGAUAGCUAGUGCAAUGGUUGAGAGAGUUAACGGUCAUCAACACGCAGGAACGGAAGCAUUAGUUAAUGUGGAUACUAUUCUAUCGAAGAUUCACUACUUCAGACUACAUAAUUGCGUUGAAUUAAUUGCACUUGUUAAGGUGCUAGACGAAUUUUUGAAAGAGCAUUCAAAAGUCAAAAUCAUUAUAAUCGACUCGAUCGCAUUUCAUUUUCGUCACGGUUUUAGUGACAUGGCUCUUCGAACAAGGAUAUUAAAUAGCUUGGCGCAGGAUCUAACGAAAAUUGCCCAUUCCUUUAACCUCGCGGUUGUUAUAUUUAAUCAGAUGACUACGAAAUUCUUCGUUUCCAGCGAUCGAUCCGCAACAGAUCAAGCAAUAUUGAUCCCGGCGCUCGGGGAGAGCUGGGCGCAUCAAUGCAACAAUAGGAUUAUACUUUAUUGGCAAGAUGGUAUACGAUGUGCCAAUUUGAUCAAAUCGGCAAACCGUCGGGAACAGAUUGUAACCUAUCAAAUUGGUGCUACUGGGAUACGAGACGUUAUUGACGAUGCAUCAAGUAGUCGAAAACGGCCUCGCGAAGACUUGAAUGAUUAG